UUCACGGAUAAUAGGUUAGUAGUCCGUGCGAUCUUUUAAGCGUUUUCAUGGUUUGUGUUUCGAUUUGCAUUUCAUAUUUUAUGCUAAUUGGGAAAAGUAAAUAACAAACAUAAAAAGACUUUCAAAUAAAAAAAUGACCGAUACUAACCAAAAAUCAAAUUUCGAAGAAGAUAAGGGUCAAUAUUUAUCAUUAAGUGAAAAUUUUCUGGAAGAAACCACCAACACCAAAAGCUUUUUAAAUUUAGACCCUGAUCUUCAAGAAAAGUUAAAGGAAAUACCUGGGGCUUUGGAAUACAUCGAAAAACUACACAGAAUCUUCGAGAGGCAGUUGAAGAAAAUUAUAAAGUGGAAAAACAAGGCCAAGCAAAUAUUGAAAAAAGUUGAUAUUGCUACCCAGACAGACACAUUUCAAUUUGUUUGUGAUAAGAAUGAAUCUUUGGUUCUUUCACAAGAUCUAAAAAGUAUAUCUGAAGACAUUAAAGAAGCAGCUGAGAUAGCAGUGAAAACUUCUGGGUUUGUUUAUGAAGAGACCUCAGGAAUGUAUUAUGAUUAUAAUAGUGGCUAUUAUUACAAUGCGGAAUAUGGUUUGUAUUAUGAUGGCAACACUGGAACCUACUUGAAAUAUAACCAAGAGACCAACAAUUAUGAAUUCCAUUCUCAAAUCAGCAGCCAAACAAACACUGCUGCAGGGGAUUCUCAUAAAAAGAAGGCUAAAAGAAAACCAGAUAGCAGCAGAGCAAAAGAUUUUAAACGUCGGAGGUCAAAUAGUGAUUAUGAAGCCACUGACUUUGAGGAGGGCGAGUGUUCAGACAGUGCUCAGAGCAGCAAUGAAGAUAAUAAUAGUAACGAUUCAAGUGAUAUUUUAAAGCAAUGGCCGCCCUGCAUGCGAAUAAUUGUAGAGUCCACCGAAGUGCCCAAAAUUAAAGCGGGUUCGUUACACAUUAUUACUUGCGACGGCGGCUCUAUCGGAAGAGAAGGCAAACAUUCAAUAAUUUUAAAUGACAUCAAUGUUAGCAAACACCAUUUAAAAAUACUCUUUGACAAAGACCUUAAGAAAUAUUUGGUAUACGACCUCGGUUCAAGAAAUGGCACCUGGUUGAAUGGUAAAAGAAUGAGUUCAUCAAAACAGGAAAGCGAUCCUAUGGAAAUCAGCCACGGAAGCAAAAUACAAAUUGGUUCUACAGUGUUGCUAUGUCAUGUUCACGCCGGAAGUCAGACUUGCGGUCACUGCGAGCCAGGCCUUUUGAUACAAAACAAAAAAGAGGUCUGUAGGGAUACCGUGAGCAUGAGCGAUAAGCACAAGAGCGAGUUAAAGAAAUUAAAGAAGCAGCAUGGUUUUCUGGGUUUUGGAGGUGACGAUACAGAGAUAGUAAAGUUAGCUGACGGGUAUACAGAUCGCGCUCAGAAAAGGCGUGAAACGGUGGGCAGUCAGAAUCCAUAUGAAAAAACUCAGUCCGCCUCUAUUGACGAGCGUAUUCCGUCAGAAAAUAAAGGUUUCAAAUUAUUGAAGAAAAUGGGUUGGCAAGAGGGUCAGUCCUUAGGGAAAGAAGGGGAUGGACUUGCUGAACCUGUAAAAGUCAUUUCCAAUAGGGGAACUACUGGCAUGGGAGCUGAAACUAUUCCUAUUGUAAAUUCGGCUCAGGAUAAAAAACUAAGCAUUUGGAAGAAAACUCAGGAGAGGUUCGAGAAGUUACCGGCAGAGGAAGAAUGUAAUGAUGUAAUAAAUUUAUGUUAGUCAUGUCGCUUAGUAAUGAAUUUUAACUUAGGACGUUUAUUUACCUGUUGGCCUUAAAUCAGUUUGAUAAAUUUUUCUGUUAAUUGCAUUGAAGUAAAAAAA